UUGGAAUUCCCCUAAUUCGGACAAUUGGGGACUUUCCGUGCAGCGAUUUGUGCCGCCACCUGUGAGUGUAGCCCAGUACAAGCCGAGGACUGGAGACAGGACCUGCUCACAGGCCAGGACUCUUUUUAACUGGAUCUACCCCCCCCCCCCCCGGCUACCUAACACCAUAGAGAAGAGGGGAUCAGGAAGAGACGUAAUGAGCUUUAAAGUGGAAAGAUAUGAUUCUUACAUGUUCGGAAAGCUAGAUGAAGAGAAGAAUGGUCUCUCAUAUCAAACAGGAAUGAUAGACAUGGAUGGCAUAGAUAUGGAUAUUCCAAACGGCCCAUAUAUUGCAAUUAUUGAGCAGCCCAAACAGCGAGGAUUCCGGUUUCGAUACGUAUGUGAAGGACCAUCUCACGGAGGGCUGCCCGGAGCAACCAGCGAGAAAGGAAAGAAAACCUAUCCUACAGUGAAAAUCUUUAAUUAUGUUGGUAUGGCAAAGAUUGAAGUAGACCUGGUUACACACACAGAUCCACCACGAGUUCAUGCUCACAGCCUGGUGGGGAAGCACGCUACUGAAACUGGAAAUUGUGUGGUCACGGUUGGACCCAAGGACAUGACGGCACAGUUUAACAAUUUGGGCAUUGUUCACGUCACUAAGAAGAGCCAGAUUGAGAUUUUGAAAGAAAAGAUGAGACAGCAGAUAUUAAGAACCCGAAUUGGAAACUGCGCUCUCUCUGAGGUGGAGGAGAGGAAGAUUGAGCAGGAGGUUAAAGAGCUGAAGAAAGUUACAGAUCUGAGCAUCGUUCGACUGCGAUUCACAGCCUACCUCCCCGAUAGCAAUGGCUCUUUUACACGACCGUUAAAACCAGUCAUUUCAGAACCAAUCCACGACAGCAAAUCUCCAGGUGCUUCAAACCUACGAAUUUCGAGGAUGGAUAAGACUGCAGGUUCUGUGAAGGGUGGAGAUGAAGUCUACUUACUCUGUGAUAAAGUACAAAAAGAUGACAUAGAAGUGAGAUUUUAUGAAGAUGAUGAGAAUGGUUGGCAGGCGUAUGGAGAUUUCUCACCAACCGAUGUCCACAAACAGUAUGCCAUUGUUUUCCGGACACCUCCAUAUCAUCAGCAGAAGAUUGACCGUCCGGUCACAGUGUUUUUGCAGCUAAAACGCAAGCGUGGUGGAGAUGUCAGCGACUCCAAACAGUUCACCUAUUAUCCACUGGAGCAAGACAAAGAAGAAGUUGAGAGGAAGAGAAGGAAAGAAAUUCCAACCUUUAACCAUUACUUUGGUGGUGGUGCACCUCUGGGAGGUGCUGGAGGAGGAUCUGGUGGCUUUGGUGGAACAUUAGGAAACAAUAUGAAUUACCAGUAUCCUGGGAUGACCACUGGUUUCUAUCCAACUACAAACUAUGGGGGCGCCCACCAUGGGGGAGGACACAUGAUGAAAGAUUCAACAGAAACAACACACUGUGCUGAGAAUGCGGAACAGAAAAUAAACAUCAAGAAAGAAUAUGGAGAGCCUUCCGCUGGAUCAGUUCCAGAAUCCACUGCAACUUCACAAAGAGAAGCUUGCUAUAACAACAUGGUUCAUCAAGUGACCUUUUGCCAUAAGAAGAUGAUCACAUUUGCAGAGAGAACGUCAAAGGCCUUGAUGGACUAUGCUGUCACUGCAGAUCCCCGCAUGCUGCUGGCUGUGCAGAGGCAUCUGAUUGCUAACCAGGAUGAAAAUGGAGACACGCCUCUGCACCUUGCGAUCAUACAUGGGAAGACGUCCGUCAUCCAGGAGUUAGUACAAGUUAUUUUAAGCAUUCCCAAUCAACAGAUUCUCAACAUCACCAACCACCUGCACCAGACCCCUUUGCAUCUCUGUGUGAUCACCCAUCAGUCUAAGAUCGUGAAUGCAUUGCUGAGAGCUGGGGCUGACCCCACCGUUUUGGACCGCUAUGGCAACUCUGUAAUACACCUGGCUGUUCAAGCUGGAGACGAAAUGAUGCUCAAAGUCUUGCUGAGUCACCCAUCGGUUGCCCGCACAAACCUUCUGGAAAUGCCAGAUUAUCACGGUUUAUACGCAGUUCACUGGGCAGUGAAAGUAGACAAUGAGAGGUGCUUGGAGCUGCUGGUAAAGCAUGGCGCUAAUGUCAAUUCCAUGGAAAGGAAGAGUGGCCGAUCCCCUCUCCAUAUAGCUGUGGAAAUGGACAACUUAAACAUGGCCACGUUUCUGGUGAAGAAGUUAAAUGCUGAUGUAAAUGCUCGAACAUACGGAGGAAACACCCCACUGCACCUGGCUGCCAGUCUUGGGUCUCCCGUACUCACUAGGAUGCUGCUCAGUACAGGAGCCAAUGUUCUAUUGGAAAAUGAUGAACCUGUGAAGGUGUCUGCAUCUUACGACAGCGAUUACGAUGUGCAGAUGGAUACAGAUUCUGACCAUCAGGAGGACAGUGAUUCAGACAGCAGUGUAGCUAUGGAAUCAGAUGGAGAAGAGAUGGACGUUAACACACCGUGUCCAAUGAAAAGAAUGCGUUUAGGCCACACACCAUUUGACUUAACCAGAAGUGACAAGGUUAGAGAUAUCUUAUCCAAACACAUAUCGGCUUGCAUAACAAAGGGACCCGAGCCAGAUAGUGUCCUCUGUCUGAAAUCCAGCACGGUACAGCGUCUAGAGAAGCUACUAAAUGAAGGUCAGACUGGUGCAGAUUGGACUGAACUCGCCAUGAGGCUGAACCUCCAAAGCUUGGUUGACACAUAUAGAAACACCACUUCUCCCACAGAGAGUCUACUGCGCAAUUACGAACUUGCUGGUGGAAAACUUAGCGACCUGAUUAAAACUCUAGAAUCGAUGGGAUUGAAUGAGGGUGUCCAACUACUACGUACAUCAGAAACCUUUACAAAACAGGAGAAUUCAGAAAUGAAAGUGGACAGCGCCUACGAAAGUCAGUCGGUGGAAGGGGAGUGUUCUGCCAGGUCGUCGAUCAGUGAUCUCCCAAAACCUGCAUCCACAGGGACCUUGAACAUUUCUCCAGAGCUGGCUUGCAGCACUGAGCCAGCUAGUGGACAGUAAAACGGCAAAGAUUUGACCUCUUGCCUAUAGACUACAUUGAUCUAGAAAGCUUGGAACUUGACAUUUGACUUUGGAUCUUUCCAAUGGUUAAACAAUGCCAAAGUCUUUCUAAAAUGAGGGAACAGAAAGCAACAUCCAGGGGGCUAUUUGGAUUUUAUCUUUUGGAAACUGCUCUUUAUUUUUUAUUUUUUUUAUUCAUCCCAAUAACGUUUGUUAAGUAAUUAUAACCAACAUAUACAGUAGAAAUAAAUUGCGUAACUAUUGUGAACUCUGGACUAAAUGGUAGAAUGCUUGACUAUUCGCUACACUCUCUGGAUAUAAAUCGGGCCAAUUUUCUUCUCUUCAGGUAAAUUUUUUUUCUUUUACUUGUGCAUUUGUUCACUUUGAAUUCAUCACUAAUCUCCUUAUUUAAAUGGUUUUCUUUAUUUUUUAUUAAAA